CGCAUUAGAACACGACUCAACUCGUGUUUCUGGGCUCUGGAAAUAAUGAUGCGAUUCUUGCUAGAUUUAUGGUAUUCUGCCUUUUGUUCCUUGUAUGUCAUCGAAGCCGUAGAAUGUGUAAUUGGAACACAGAUACCAAAUAGUGGAGGCUGUUGCUGUACUGUGAUCCCGAUUUUUAACUUUCAACGCCUGCACUUAAGCUUCACCCUUGACAAUGUCCACACUUGAACAAGCCAGCGCCAGUCCGAUGCCAGACGGCAUAACUGAUCCUAACUUCCGUCCCAUGCCAGGGCGGGUUGGAAACCUCACCGUCCCGCAACAACAUGCCCUUCAGACCUUGAAGAAUCAGCUCCACGACGAAGGCCAUUUCGUUGAGGAGAGAAUGGACGAUCCGAUGCUGCUACGACCCACUGUUCAUGUCCGAUUGGUCGUACAAGGCGUGUGUACUGACCCAGUCUGCAGAUAUCUAAGGGCGCGCAAAUUUGAUGUUCCGAAGGCAAAAGCGAUGUUACUAGCUGCUGAGCAGUGGAGACGGGAUAUGAAGGUAGAUGACAUCGUGCAGAGCUUUGUCUUCACCGAAAAAGAGCAGGUCGAUCAAUACUAUCCUCAAUACUACCAUAAAAUGGACAAGGAUGGCAGACCGGUAUACAUCGAGCGGCUCGGCAAGCUCAAUGUCCCAGCACUUUACGGCAUCACGACAAAGGAACGGUUGCUCCAGCGUCUCAUCCUCGAGUACGAGAGGUUUCUCACAGAUCGUCUCCCGGCAUGCUCUGCAGCUGUUGGUCACCCCGUCGAGACGGUCUGCACCAUCCUUGAUCUGAAAGGCGUUUCCCUCUCUUCCUUUUACCAAGUCAGAGACUACGUGAACGAGGCUUCAAAGAUCGGACAGGACCGAUAUCCGGAAUGCAUGGGCAAAUUUUACAUCAUCAAUGCGCCGUGGGGCUUCUCUGCCGUAUGGUCGUUGAUCAAACCUUGGCUGGAUGAAGUGACUGUAUCGAAGAUAGAGAUUCUUGGGAGUUCAUACCAACAGAAGUUAUUACAGGACAUCCGUGCAGAGGAUCUUCCUGCAGAUCUGGGUGGCAAGUGCAGAUGUGCAGGCGGGUGCUCGCUGAGCGACGCAGGACCAUGGAACCCGAAUGAGAAGACAGGGAAUGGUGUUGCUUAGAGAUAGACAUCCUACUAGCGAGCUGGUGGGCAUGUUCUGGCGGUAGUCAUCU